AUGUCAGAUGUUACCCAACAAAAGAAGAGGAAGAGAUCUAGAGAAGAAGUUGAUCGUUCGAGACCCACAGUAGAUGAAGAAAUUACAGAUCCAUCCUCAAACGAAGAUGAACAACCAGAAGUUACCGAUGAAGAAGAUGCAUUAGAAUCUGAAGAAGAAUUUGAAGGAGAAAAUCCAGCCGACAAAAGAAGAAGGCUCGCCAAACAAUACUUAGAGAAUCUAAAAAGUGAAGCCAAUGAGAUUUUAAUUGAUGGAGGAGAUGAGGCAGAAAAAGAUUCAAAGCAUACCAAGGAAAGAACAGUCGAUGAAUACAAUAACUUUGACGCUGGUGAUUUAGAUAAGGACAUCAUUGCAUCCAGGUUAAAAGAAGACGUCGCUGAACAGCAAGGUCGAGUCUUUAGACAUUUUGCUGAUAAACUUCUGAUUUCUGAAGCAAAAAAGAGUUUUACAAGGGUAGGCGAAAAUAAUCUUACUUGUAUUAGUUGUUUUCAACCAGUUCUAAACAAAUAUACCUUCGAGGAAUCAUCUAAUGGAGAUAAGAACAAAGGUAGAUCAUUUGCUUAUACAGUAAGCAAAGACUUACAACUUACUAAGUAUGACAUCACUGACUUUAGCCAAAGACCAAAAAAACUUAAGUAUGCUAAAGGUGGAGCAAAAUACAUACCUACGAGUAAGCAUGAAUAUGAGAAUACCACAGAAGGCCAUUAUGACGAAAUUUUAACUGUAGCGGCUUCGCCUGAUGGGAAGUAUGUCGUCACGGGUGGGAAAGAUAGAAAACUAAUUGUAUGGAGCACUGAAUCCUUGUCCCCCGUUAAAGUUAUUCCUACAAAGGACCGCCGAGGAGAAGUUUUGUCUUUGGCGUUCAGAAAAAAUUCUGAUCAGUUAUAUGCAUCAUGCGCAGACUAUAAGAUAAGAACAUAUUCAAUAAACCAGUUUUCCCAGUUGGAGAUUCUCUAUGGACAUCAUGAUAUAGUAGAAGAUAUAUCUGCUUUGGCCAUGGAGAGAUGUGUUACCGUUGGUGCCCGUGAUAGAACAGCUAUGCUUUGGAAGAUUCCAGAUGAGACCAGAUUGACAUUUAGAGGUGGUGAUGAACCUCAAAAAUUACUAAAGAGAUGGAUGAAAGACAACGCAAAGGAGAGAGAAGAUGGAGAAGUCGAAUAUCCUGAUGAAUCAGAAGCACCUUUGUUUUUCUGUGAAGGUAGUAUUGACGUUGUGAGCAUGGUAGAUGAUUCUCAUUUCAUAACCGGUUCUGACAAUGGUAGUAUAUGUCUGUGGUCUCUGGCGAAAAAAAAACCUAUUUUCACUGAAAGAAUUGCACAUGGCAUUUUAUCAGCACCCUCUUCAAAUGACAUAUCAGGGGAAACAGAUGAGGAGUUGAGGAAAAGACAGCUGCAAGGUAAAAAACUAUUGCAACCAUUUUGGAUCACGUCUCUUUAUGCUAUUCCAUACUCGAAUGUAUUUAUAUCAGGCUCAUGGGAUGGAUCCUUGAAAAUCUGGAAAAUUGGCGAUAAUCUAAGAUCAUUUGAGUUGCUAGGUGAAUUAACAGGCGCUAAAGGUGUAGUAACCAAGAUUCAAGUUGUAGAGAGUGGUAAACAUGGUAAAGAGAAGUUCCGUAUCUUGGCUAGUGUGGCUAAAGAACAUAGACUUGGUAGAUGGACUGCAAAAGUCCCAGGUGCCAGAAAUGGUAUAUACUCUGCUGUCAUUGAUCAAACAGGCUUUUAG